CGUGGUAGGAAGUUUGGCGCGGGAGUUGUGAGGGGAACGGAGUGGCGCGGCGUGGUGUCGUGAGUUUUCGCGCCAGCCAGGCAGCCAUGCCGGCGCGCAACACCCCGAGCAGCGGCGGGCAUCUGGGGGCAGAGAUGGGUGAACAAGCAGAGGCAGCUGUGAUUACACCAUCCAUGCUAGAAGAGGAGGAGCAACUGGAGGCAGCUGGGAUGGAGAAGGAGAGGGAAAUGCUGGAAAAGGCUCGCAUGUCCUGGGACAGAGACUCCAGUGAAAUGCGCUACAAGAGGCUUCAACACUUGCUUGAAAAAAGCAACAUAUAUUCAAAAUUCUUGCUGACCAAAAUGGAACAGCAGCAGCUGGAGGAGCAGAAAAGGAAAGAGAAAUUAGAAAAAAGAAAGAAAUGUUAUUAAAAGCGGCAAUGUCGGAAUCUAACUGAUGAAAAAGAGGAGAAAUCUGCUGUGAAGAAAAAAAGAGGAAGAGAAGAUGAAACCUAUUACAUUUCAGAAGUCAUGUCCAAAGAGGAAAUCUUGUCAGUGGCCAAAAAAAAAGCAAACAACUUGGAUGAAAGCUCUUCUAACAAACUGUGUGCAGAAGACCUCCAGAAAAAUGGAGAUUCUAAUAGUGUCAUUAAAGAUAGGUUGUCGCAAGCUGUACGACAUAAUGCCAAGCACUUCCUUGAUCCAGUACGGAAAUUUCACGGGCAGCCAAUACCCUUUCAACAGCCAAAGCUUUUUUCAGGAGGUGUUAUGAGGUGGUACCAAGUUGAAGGCAUGGAAUGGCUCAGGAUGCUUUGGGAAAAUGGCAUUAACGGCAUUUUGGCUGAUGAAAUGGGACUUGGAAAGACAAUCCAAUGUAUUGCUACAAUAGCACUGAUGGUAGAGAGAGGAGUCCCUGGGCCAUUCUUAGUAUGUGGUCCCUUGUCUACUCUUCCUAACUGGAUGUCCGAGUUCAAGAGAUUCACUCCAGAGAUUCCCGUAAUGCUGUACCAUGGAGCCCAGCAGGAACGUCGUAAAUUGGUUCAGAAAAUUCACAGGCGAGAAGGUUCACUGCAAAUUCAUCCUGUGGUCAUUACCUCGUUUGAAAUAGCCAUGAGAGACAGAAAUGCCUUGCAGCAUUGCUUCUGGAAGUAUCUGAUAGUGGAUGAAGGACAUAGGAUUAAGAACAUGAACUGUCGUCUUAUCAGAGAAUUAAAACGGUUUAAUGCUGACAAUAAACUUCUGUUAACUGGUACUCCCUUGCAAAACAACUUGGCAGAACUCUGGUCGCUACUUAACUUCCUGCUGCCAGAUGUAUUUGAUGACUUGAAAAGCUUUGAGUCCUGGUUUGACAUUACAAGCAUUACAGAAAUCGCUGAAGAUAUUGUUGCUAAAGAAAGGGAGCAGAACAUCUUACACAUGUUGCACCAGAUUUUGACGCCUUUCUUAUUGAGAAGACUGAAAUCUGAUGUAGCUCUUGAGGUUCCUCCUAAACGAGAAGUUGUGGUGUAUGCACCACUGGCAAAGAAACAAGAAACCUUCUAUACAGCUAUUGUAAAUCGGACCAUUAAAAAGCUGCUCGGAAACAGUGAGGAAGAAGUAGUUGAGUUGAGUCCUACAGGACGACCAAAGCGUCAGCGAAAGGCGGUUGAUUACCGUGAAUUAGAUGCUGAUACACCUGAUGAGCUGGAAAAACUGAUCAGUAAAAUGCAAGAGGAAGUAGAAAAAGAGAGGCAAGUGAUAGAAAUGACCAUUCCUACAGAUUCAGAAAUCAACCUUAAACUGCAGAAUAUUAUGAUGUUACUGAGGAAAUGUUGUAAUCAUCCAUAUCUCAUUGAAUAUCCACUGGACCCUGCCACACAGCAAUUUAAGGUUGAUGAAGAUCUAGAAGAUUCAGGCAAAUUCCUGCUUUUGGACCGGAUGCUGCCAGAACUGAAAAAGAGAGGACACAAGGUAUUUUUGUUUAGGAAUAUGACACUGAUGUUGGACAUUUUGAUGGAUUAUUGCUAUCUGCGGAGUUACAAAUUUAGUCGUUUGGAUGGAUCCAUGUCCUAUACAGAGAGAGAAGAAAAUGUAAAUGCAUAAAUUAAUACAGAUCCUGGUUUCAUAUUUUUAGUGAGUACACGAGCUGGAGGCCUGGGCAUUAAUUUGACUGCAGCAGACACGGUCAUCAUCUAUGAUAGUGACUGGAACCCUCAGUCUGACCUUCAGGCCCAAGACAGGUGUCACAGAAUUGGUCAGACAAAGCGUGUUGUUUAUCGCCUCGUGACAGCAAAUACUGUUGACCAGAAGAUUGUGGAGAGAGCUGCUGCCAAAAGGAAGCUAGAGAAGUUGAUUAUUCAUAAAAAUCAGUUUAAAGGUGGUAAAUCUGGGUUAAUCCAAACAAAGGGCUGCUUGGAUCCUAAGGAAUUAAUGGAAUUACUGAAAUCCAGGGACUAUGAAAGAGAGGUUAAAGGAUCCAGAGAGAAAGUAAUCAGUGACAAAGAUUUACAGUUACUGCUGGAUAGAAGUGACCUUAUUGACCAAAUGAAAAAGUCUGAAUCAGUUGAAAAAGAAAAAGUGGGAGUGUUCAAGGUCCUAGAAGAUUCUGAAGACUCCAAUGCAGAAUGUGUAUUUUGAAGCGUGACUGGCUUCUAAAAGUACAGCCCAAACUUCUUGGGACUAACAGCAAAGCUUGUAAGGCCAUCAUUUACAUAUAGUGACUCUUGAUUAUGCGGAUUUCCCUGCCCCAAGCCUGGUUCAAAUCUUUUUUUUUUUUUUUUUUUUUUUCUUUUUCUUUCAGUGAGUUGUAACACAUCAGGUAGCAUAUUUCACGAUGUAGCAUGCCUAAAAAUUUCAUGCCUGUGAAGCUUACAUGAAGAAUUACGAAAAUGAACAUGUUUCAGGUGCUUAGGUAGCUUGUGUGAUCCAGUGACAAACACUGCCAGGUUUAUACAAAAUCUUCCUGUGGAAGUCUUGCGAAAUUUUUUUUAUUUUUCUCUCUAAUUUGACCUGAUGUGUCAAUUAUGAUUUUAUUGGGAAAGGGAAGACUGUCUAGUACAUCUGUUUACAAACAAUCGUGUAACUUCAGUUUUAAAUUUUGCAAAACGUUUUGCUAAUUUGUC